AUGGAUGAAGAUGCCCUGUUUCUACGGCAUCAAUACUCAGUCGACCCCACUGCUUCCGUCAAUACCGCCGCCUCCUACAGUGCUGGUUACAUUGUUCUGUCUUUCUUCACCUCUCUGAUAGGAUGCAUCACUACUCUCGAGUUACUGCAACGUCGCACGUCGACGCGAGGGGCCUACAAUUGGUUUCUCCUCCUCGCCUCGGCAAUAACCAUGGGUGGGAUCGGCAUCUGGGCUAUGCAUUUUGUUGGUAACAGAGCUAUCAUACUCGAGCAAGGAAAUCCCCAACGCCAGAUUUUAUACAGCCCCGGCUUUACGGCAGUCUCAUUUUUCAUGCCCAUCGCGGUCCUCCUAUUCGCCUUUUACCUCCUUGGAAUGCCCACCAGGGCUCGUCAAUUCCACGUCGCCAUCGCUGGAGUCUUCACUGGAGCAGCAGUUUGUGGGAUGCAUUACCUGGGUCAAUUGGGUAUUGAAAAUUACGACUGCUCAUAUCGAAUUCAAAACGUAGUGGCCGCUGCAAUAAUUGCAGUAUUGGCCAGCUUUAUUGCUCUCAGCGCCUUUUUUCGUCUUCGGGAUACCUGGACAGACAGCUGGUGGAAGAGAGCUCUUUGUGGCGCAAUCAUGGCCCUCGCUGUAUCAGGCAUGCAUUGGACCGCUGCAGUCGGAACAAUAUACAGCUGGAAAGGAAAUCUGGCGGUUCACGGCAGCUCAAGGAAGCAAACGGCCCUUAUUGCUUCCUGCCUGUCAAUGGGUUCAUGUGUGGUACUUCUCAUCGUGGCGUCGAUUCGAGGUCGCAACAAACGCAGUGCCCGAAUCAAAGCUCAGCGUCUAGUUCUGGCCUGUGCUUAUUUUGACGAGGAUGGUAAAUUGAUGGUCACCCAAGAGGGCAUCCUCCCCAGUGAAAAAAUCACCAAUCGUUAUGUGGAAAAGACUUUCGGAGAAGAUGAACUCAACCGGUCUCAAUCGACCUUCCUGUGGAUCUUCAAAGCUUCUCACAACUGGGGAGUAUUAAAAGAUCUCAUUCCAGCCAUGAAGGAAUUCGUCGAGACUGAUCCAGCAGUAAGGCGAUAUCGUCCUGGCUACACUGGCCCAACUUCACCGGAUGACUCGAGCGAUCUUUCCCUCAAUUUUGCCCCGAUUUUCAAACAACUCUACUGCGUGGCGGCCCAACAAUUGGCUAACUUGAUCCAUGAACCACUUGAGAGGAUUGGUGUUUUAUUCGAGGAACCUCUGGAGACUGGUGCAAUAUAUGUUUCCACCCACACCGAGAUGGGCUUCCGAGGUCUAUCAGCGAAUCCUUAUCGUACAAUGGAUCCCGAGAAUAGAAACACACCUCCGGUAAUUGCCAGGGGAAAAUACCUCUUCCUCACUCGUCAGAUAAAUCGAAAUGAAGCAGCCAAAUUUGCUGCUCUUGGAUAUCGAUUCGCAGCUGUUGGACAAAUUGCGGAUCCCCUUGCUAAGAGCAUGCAAGUUCAUCGGGACAAUAUGGUGGCUCGACUUGAACGCAUGAGAUUGAGUACACAACCAGACCGUCUGCCGCCCCCAGGAGUUCAUUUGGCAUGCUUUAUGCUUCGUCCUAGUAUGAGCAAAAGCUUCGAUGUUCUCGUGCAAGCAGCAACGCAAAGCCAACUUCCUUAUGUUACGUUGCAGCCGGGUGACUUGUCCCCAACCCAAUCGCAACAACUACGAUGCUUUGACGAUGCAACGAUUGGUGAAACUCUAAGAGUUCUUGUCAACCGGCCUAGUGGAUUUGAUCUCGACGAAGAAAUUCGAUGGCAGCUCUACAAUGCGUUUGUUCAGCUGGUUGAUAUUAUAGGUGAUGCGGAUACCAUGAUGCAAGCAAAAUUUUCUGCCAGGGAGUUUCGGCUGCCUUGUCGAACGAGAGGACAGCCCACCUCAUCUACCUGUACAUUAUUGACAGUUCGGGUGUUGAGAAAUAUCCACGCAUCAUCAACCAGGAAGGAACUGACCUACGUCCCGCUUUCAUUUUUUGGUGCUCAGCAACAUAUUCAGACGACCGAUUCAAACGACGAGUCGUUCGCGCGAAAAGUCAGAGCCGAAUUUGGCCACUUGGGCUCAGGAGAUCCCACCAAAUACAAAGGGGCGAGCAGUGUUAGAGUGGAUAGGAUGUCGAGCUCUGCAGAAUCCAGUGUAUUGGGUGCGGAAUCUCCUCGAUCGGCGAUAUUCAAAAAUCCAAUGGGAAGAUUUCUGCCCAGUCGGCGAAGUGAUGAAGCAACCAUUGUGGAUCGGGAAAAGAGUAUAGCUGAAGGAUCGGAUUUUGAAGCGACUGGAAUGACAUCUCCAGACCCUCCCAGUCCUUUCGACAAACAUACACAUGCGACACAGCCAGACGUUACUGAACUGGUGGCGGUAGGAAGUGAAAAGGGCAGUUGGGUUACGGAACUCUUUGGGCUUUUUCGACAAGGAGCAGACGGCUGGGGCUCGACAACAAAUGAAGGAUGGAAAUGGGAUAUCAAUGUUCAAAAGUCGUUCGAAGUUGGGACUGAGAAUCGUCAGCAAGAGGAGUGA